UCUGUUGCUUGGUUUAUCAGUUGGACGGUCGCGCUCAUUCCGUUAGGAUGAUACAGAUUUUUGGUGCAGUUUGGCUGCUAUCAGCUCUGUUGGCCUCUGCUUUCAGUGCAGAUGAUAUCGCGGUCUCGUAUAAAAAUUAUAAACUGUACGAUGUGCAACCGUCGACACGUGCUGAAUUGGAGCUGCUUCACCGGGUGAGCAGCGAGUUGGAUUUGGAUUUCUGGAGUCCGCCUGCUCUUGAUCGAAAUUCAUCGGUGAUGGUUAGUCCUUGGAACGAUGAUUCAUUGAGGGCGUACCUGAGUGAUCAUAACGUCAAGCAUCGAGUUUUAUACGACGACGUUCAAAGUGUGAUUGAUCGUGAACAUGUUUACAACCAAAACCGUGCUCGCAAGCGUCGUAGCGUUGAACAGACUGACAAAAGAGCUAGUUUUGAUUACUUUUGGUCCAUGGACGAGAUCUAUCAGUACUUGGACUAUCUUGCGUUAGAGUAUCCAAGUUUAGUGCGCUUGAAGGACUACGGUAAAUCAUAUGAAGGCCGCCCGAUAAAAGUCAUCACUAUCAGUACUAACGGAGAGGUGGAUGAUUUUCGUCCAAUUGUGCUAAUUGACGGUGGAAUUCAUGCUCGGGAAUGGGCGGGGCAUAUGUCUGUGCUUUACCUGAUCCAUCAAUUGGUGGAGCGUUCUGCGGAGAACAUGGAUCUGUUGAACAAAACCAACUGGGUUAUCAUGCCGGUGGUUAAUCCGGAUGGCUAUGUGUACACGUAUGAACAUAAUCGAUUGUGGAGGAAAAAUAGAGCACCAGUCAAUAUGCUCUGCAUCGGAACGGAUUUGAACAGGAACUUUCCAUUUAGGUGGAAGUAUUAUGGUAGUCAAUGUUCAUCUGGAUAUGCAGGUCCCACACCUGGAUCAGAGUUGGAAACACGAGCCGUCAUGCUGAUGAUGGCGAAUUAUGCAAAAGCUACCAAGGUCUACUUGGCGGUACAUUCAUGCGGAGACUACAUCCUAUAUCCCUAUGGGUACGACUACGUUGAUGCACCGAAUAAGGUUCAAUUGCAGGAACUGGGAGACAAGGCCGCUGAGGCCGUCAAAGCGAUCGGUGGCCCUGAAUAUGCCGUCGGAAGUGCAUCUUUCUUGCUCUAUCCAGCCAACGGAAGCGAUGAUUUUAUCUACGGUAGCUACGGUGUUGAGUACGUAUACACGCUGGAAUUGUCGUGUGGCGCCAUGGUCAGUGAUGGAUUCAUUAUCAGUGUUGCGGAAAUGCAGAAAAUUAGCAAGGAAGCCUUCGAGAUGUUCAAAGUAUUCGGCAAAUUUGCCGGUGAACAGAAAAUUAUCCCAUUGGGUUCGAAUCGUAAAAAUAAUACAGCUCCGUAGUCCUUAUCGGACAUGAAUUGAUCAAUAAAUCGC